AUGGAGUCCUCUGAUGAAGAGGAGGGGCGCACCUUCGUCCAGGUGGUCAGUGAGAAGUACAACCCAGAGAAUUUCCCAUACUGCCGUGGGAACGGCAUGGGCGUCGUGGUGCUUUCCAGUCCACAGGGGUUGCCCAUUAAAGGUCAGAGGUCAAGGCGCUAUAGAUCAGUAGCUUAUGCUGCCUUCAAAUGCUCACCGGAAGUGGGAAAUACGUGGUUCCGACUGGGCAACAACCACUUGAACGGCCCUCCGAAGUUGGACUGCCGAGUGGGAAUGUUGGAGAUAAUUUUACCAGAGUUGUGACGUUUUGUCACUGACCUUUCACCUUUUCAAUCAAAGGAUGAUAAAGCAUGAUUUUUGGCAUUGUUAAACUUAUCAAUGUGGAUAAUGUAGCUAGUUUGACCAUAUUGUCAACGUUAAGCAAGCUAGCUAACUUUAUCAUUAGCAACAUUAGCUAGCUCAUCUAGUUAGAUUUAAUCUCAUUGGAUGAGGAAUUAUUCCGUCUUCAAAACCAGUUCCAACGAGCAUUUGAAGGCCGCAUUAGCACAGUGAUUGAGUAAUAACUUUGUGAUUAGGUGGCCUAUGCAUCUUUUCUCUCUAGCAUUGCUAAACUGUGUUGGUGCAUGCAAGAUGAUUUAUAGUCUGAACAUGUCUGAAAAAGUUGUUAUUCCUCAAAGCAGAAGAGUCAAGGGCCACUCUACAGCCUACUUACCUUUUUACUCAGAAAAACAUAAUUAACACGUAAGAACUCUAUGUAGGCCUACUCAUAUGCAUUAUACAAGGUAAUCACACAAGUUAUCUUCUAGUUACCCAGGAAUACUGAGAACUGCAUGUAGGCCUACUUGUAUCCCUUAUAUAUGGUAUUCACACACAUGAGUCAUUCUCUCAUGCCUUAGCUUAUCCCCAAGGAUACUGCCUAUGAUGUGAUGUAAAUAAAUAAUAACAAUAAGUGAUACCAGGCUGUUGUCCAUCAUAUAUUGUGAAUGUGAUUCUUAUUGACUGUGCAGUUUAUGUGAUUCAAUAAAGAACAAUUAUUCACUAGAAAGAUUGUUGUCUCUCUCCAGAUCGUCUGAAUCUGCCGAGUGUGCUGGUGCUAGACGGCUGUGGCAUCAGUAAAGCUGGGGAUGAAACUGAGGUGGCCACCUUUUGUGCCCAUGUGGUGGAGCUGGACCUGUCCCACAACCAGCUGCAAGACUGGGGGGAGGUGGGUACUGUAGUUCUCCUCAUCCUCCUAACCCUGGCUGUCAUGUUAUGCACCAUUAAUUUAGCAGCAGCUAGCUAUUAGCAGGAAGGCUGGCACUACACAGUUAAUGUUACACACUUUUGUCCACUUUUUUGGUGAAAGUUUGCCUUAUUUUCUACACAUCUAGGGUGUUGUUGUUUUAUCCAUACAGUUUUUUAAAGUCCAAUAGCUGGUUAUUUUGUAAUGUCCAGCAUCUCCUGGCUAGCAUUAAAUAAGCAUGUAGCAAUGCUAAUGGGAACGGACUAUAUCCACUAGCGGUUACCUACCACAUCACCCAAAACAAUUGCCCAGAGACAUCAUUCAACAAACAAAUUCAACAAACAAGACCUUCAUCUGUCAGUCAGUACCAAUUGCACCAAUCUGUCUUUGGGUUGCCAGAUCUGCAGCAUUGUGUAUACUGUCUACAAUAGGGUUGCCAGUAUAGUCCGUAAGUGUGAUAGCUCCAAUCUGUUUUUUUGGGGUUGUGAGAUCUGCACGAUCGUGUCUAACAUCCCCAACCUGGACUUCCUUAACCUGAGUAUGAACCCUCUGAGUGGGAUUGAGCUGGAGCCAGGCCUGGCUGAGGUGUUCUUCCGGGUCCGCCGCCUGGUUCUCAUCAACACACGUGUCACCUGGGACACGGUACACACACUCACACGCCAGACCCCUGAGUAAGUCAUGACAGACACUGGACUGCGAAUCACAAGGCACACGUGAAUACAUGAAUGUGUGUGUUUGUAUUUAGCUAUUUGUCUUAGGUAUUUUGUGUGUUUUUGCCCUUAGACCUUUGACCUUCUCAAGUUCAGGCAUGUCCAGGCAUGUAGUAUAUUUACUUGUAUCCAUAUCUAACAUGUACAGUACCAGUCAAAAGUUUGGACACACUUACACACCUAUUUGACCAAGAAGGAGAGUGAAGGAGUGCUGCAUCAGAUGACCUGGCCUCCACAAUCACCCGACCUCAACCCAAUUGAGAUGGUUUGGGACGAGUUGGACCGCAGCGUGAAGGAAAAGCAGCCAACAAGUGCUGAGCAUAUGUGGGAACUCCUUCAAGACUGUUGGAAAAGCAUUCCAGGUGAAGCUGGUUGAGGGAAUGCCAAGAGUGUGCAAAGCUGUCAUCAAGGCAAAGGGUGGCUAUUUGAAGAAUCUCAAAUAUAAAUAUAUUUUGAUUUGUUGAACACUUUUUUGGUUACUACAUGAUUCCAUACAGUGAGGGAAAAAAGUAUUUGAUCCCCUGCUGAUUUUGUACGUUUUCCCACUGACAAAGACAUGAUCAGUCUAUAAUUUUAAUGGUAGGUUUAUUUGAACAGUGAGAGACAGAAUAACAACAAAAAAAUACAGAAAAACGCAUGUCAAAAAUGUUAUAAAUUUUUUUGCAUUUUAAUGAGGGAAAUAAGUAUUUGACCCCUCUGCAAAACAUGACUUAGUACUUGGUAGCAAAACCCUUGUUGGCAAUCACAGAGGUCAGACGUUUCUUGUAGUUGCCCACCAGGUUUGCACACAUCUCAGGAGGGAUUUUGUCCCACUCCUCUUUGCAGAUCUUCCCCAAGUCAUUAAGGUUUCGAGGCUGACGUUUGGCAACUCGAACCUUCAGCUCCCUCCACAGAUUUUCUAUGGGAUUAAGGUCUGGAGACUGGCUAGGCCACUCCAGGACCUUAAUGUGCUUCUUCUUGAGCCACUCCUUUGUUGCCUUGGCCGUGUGUUUUGGGUCAUUGUCAUGCUGGAAUACCCAUCCACGACCAUUUUCAAUGCCCUGGCUGAGGGAAGGAGGUUCUCACCCAAGAUUUGACGGUACAUGGCCCCGUCCAUCGUCCCUUUGAUGCGGUGAAGUUGUCCUGUCCCCUUAGCAGAAAAACAGCCCCAAAGCAUAAUGUUUCCACCUCCAUGUUUGACGGUGGGGAUGAUGUCCUUGGGGUCAUAGGCAGCAUUCCUCCUCCAAACACGCGAGAUGAGUUGAUGCCAAAGAGCUCCAUUUUGGUCUCAUCUGACCACAACACUUUCACCCAGUUCUCCUCUGAAUCAUUCAGAUGUUCAUUGGCAAACUUCAGACAGCCCUGUAUAUGUGCUUUCUUGAGCAGGGCGACCUUGCGGGCACUGCAGGAUUUCAGUCCUUCACGGCGUAGUGUGUUACCAAUUGUUUUCUUGGUGACUAUGGUCCCAGCUGCCUUGAGAUCAUUGACUAGAUCCUCCUGUGUAGUUCUGGGCUGAUUCCUCACUGUUCUCAUGAUCAUUGCAACUCCACGAGGUGAGAUCUUGCAUGGAGCCCCAGGCCGAGGGAGAUUGACAGUUAUUUUGUGUUUCUUCCAUUUGCGAAUAAUCGCACCAACUGUUGUCACCUUCUCACCAAGCUGCUUGGUGAUGGUCUUGUAGCCCAUUCCAGCCUUGUGUAGGUCUACAAUCUUGUCCCUGACAUCCUUGGAGAGCUCUUUGGUCUUGGCCAUGGUGGAGAGUUUGGAAUCUGAUUGAUUGAUUGCUUCUGUGGACAGGUGUCUUUUAUACAGGUAACAAACUGAGAUUAGGAGCACUCCCUUGCUCCUAAUCUCAGCUCGUUACCUGUAUAAAAGACACCUGGGAGCCAGAAAUAUUUCUGAUUGAGAGGGGGUCAAAUACUUAUUUCCCUCAUUAAAAUGCAAAUCAAUUUAUAACAUUUUUGACAUGCAUUUUUCUGUUUUUUUUUGUUGUUAUUCUGUCUCUCACUGUUCAAAUAAACCUACCAUUAAAAUUAUAGACUGAUCAUUUCUUUGUCAGUGGGCAAACGUACAAAAUCAGCAGGGGAUCAAAUUCUUUUUUCCCUCACUGUAUGUGUUAUUUCAUAGUUUUGAUGUCUUCACUAUUAUUCUACAAUGUAGAAAAUAGUAAAAAUAAAGGAUAACCCUUGAAUGAGUAGGUUUGUCCAAACUUUUGACCGGUAGUGUAUGUCCUGGAUACUGUACGGUGGCUUGCGAAAGUAUUCACCCCCCUUGGCAUUUGUCCUAUUUUAUUGCCUUACAACCUGGAAUUAAAAUUGAUUUUUUGGGGGUUUGUAUCAUUUCAUUUACACAACAUGCCUACCACUUUGAAGAUGCAAAGUAUUUUUUAUUGUGAAACAAACAAGAAAUAAGACCAAAAAACUGAACUUGAGCAUGCAUAACUAUUCACCCCCCCAAAGUCAAUACUUUGUAUAGCCACCUUUUGCAGCAAUUACAGCUGCAAGUCUCUUGGGGUAUGUCUCUAUGAGCUUGGCACAUCUAGCCACUGGGAUUUUUGCCCAUUCUUCAAGGCAAAACUGCUCCAGCUCCUUCAAGUUGGAUGGGUUCCGCUGGUGUACAGCAAUAUUUAAGUCAUACCACAGAUUCUCAAUUAGAUUGAGGUCUGGGCUUUGACUAGGCCAUUCCAAGACAUUUAAAUGUUUCCCCUUAAACCACUCAAGUGUUGCUUUAGCAGUAUGCUUAGGGUCAUUGUCCUGCUGGAAGGUGAACCUCCGUCCCAGUCUCAAAUCUCUGGAAGACUGAAACAGGUUUCCCUCAAGAAUUUCCCUGUAUUUAGCGCCAUCCAUCAUUCCUUCAAUUCUGACCAGUUUCCCAGUCCCUACCGAUGGAAAAACAUCCCCACAGCAUGAUGCUGCCACCACCAUGCUUCACUGUGGGGAUGGUGUUCUCAGGGUGAUGAGAGGUGUUGGAUUUUCCCCAGACAUUGCGUUUUCCUUGAUGACCAGAGUACCUUCUUCCAUAUGUUUGGGGAGUCUCCCACAUGGCUUUUGACGAACACCAAACGUGUUUGCUUAUUUUUUUCUUUAAGCAAUGGCUUUUUUCUGGCCACUCUUCCAUAAAGCCCAGCUCUGUUGAGUGUAUGGCUUAAAGUGGUCCUAUGGACAGAUACUCCAAUCUCUGCUGUGGAGCUUUGCAGCUCCUUCAGGGUUAUCUUUGGUCUCUUUGUUAACUCUCUGAUUAAUGCCCUCCUUGCCUGGUCCGUGAGUUUUGGUGGGCGGCCCUCUCUUCGCAGGUAUGUUGUGGUGCCGUAUUCUUUCCAUUUUUUAAUAAUGGAUUUAAUGUUGCUCCGUGGGAUGUUCGAAGUUUCGGAUAUUUUUUUAUAACCCAACCCUGAUCUGUACUUCUCCACAACUUUGUCCCUGACCUGUUUGGAGAGCUCCUUGGUCUUCAUGGUGCCGCUUGCUUAGUGGUUCCCCUUGCUUAGUGGUGUUGCAGACUCUGGGGCCUUUCAGAACAGGUGUAUAUAUACUGAGAUCAUGUGACAGAUCAUGUGACACUUAGAUUGCACACAGGUGGACUUUAUUUAACUAAUUAUGUGACUUCUGAAGGUAAUUGGUUCCACCAGAUCUUAUUUAGGGGCUUCAUAGCAAAGGGGGUGAAUACAUAUGCACGCACCACUUUUCCGUUAUUAUUUUUCUUAAAUUUUUUGAAACAAGUUAUUUUUUUCAUUUCACUUCACCAAUUUGGACUAUUUAGUGUAUCUCCAUUACAUGAAAUCCAAAUAAAAAUCCAUUUAAAUUACAGGUUGUAAUGCAACAAAAUAGGAAAAACGCCAAGGGGGAUGAAUAGGCACUGUAUUUCCAUGUAUCUCUUAGCUCCGGGGAUCAGCUUCCCCUCCCCCAAUCCUAACCUUAACCAUUAUUGGGGAAAAUGCGAAACUGACCAAAGAUCAGCAUGUAGGGGCAACUUCACCUUACUCAUAUCUCAUACCUUGUAUUUGAAUGCCAUUUAAACAUAGCUACCUCUCUGAUGCUCACACUAUCGCCCCCUGCAGGUUGGAGGAGCUCUUCCUUUGUCUGAACGAGUACGACCAAGUAGCCGAAUCCCAGGUUCCCUGCCCCUCCCUGCGCCUGCUUCAGAUCACAGACAACCAGCUACAGGAGUGGGGCGAGGUGCGUAAGUUUGGGCCCAUGUACCCGGGCCUGCACAACCUGGUAUUGUCCAACAACAAACUGGGCUCUGUGGAGGAGGACACACCUCGGGACACACUGCAGCACCUGUUUCCUAACCUGCGCAGCAUCAACCUCAACAACUCAGGUAUGCGAAGGGAGGGUCACGCGCUCGCAUGCGCACACAUACACAAGCAUGCUCAUACAGCAUGAACACACACACAUACACAGCAUGAGGAUACACGUCGCAAACACACACAUGCACACAGCAUGAAGAUUCGCACACAUACACACACACACAGCAUGAGCAUACAGAAAAUAUCCCUCUUUCCUCUACCCGAUUAUACUCUUUUCAUCCACUAUUCCAGUUUUCCUUCCCUUUUCUCCGGUUCUUACUACUCCUCUGCUUCUGUACCUCUCUCUUUCCCCUCUGCCGGACAGGGAACCCUUUGAAAAUCAGUAGGUCUACUUAGAAGGGCUCAAGUUAUUUUACAUUCCAAUGUAUUUUAAAUGUACAUUUGGCAUUUCAAGUCUUUUUCCCCUCAUUUAUGCUAAAUAAAUGAAAUUAAUGUACACACAUUCCAUCACAGAAAAGAGCCCUCUAUGAGCCGUCUGAUGUGAAAAUAGAUAUAUUGUAUUGUACUACUUCCAUACACCAUAUUCAAUACUGUAUCCUGGGAUUCCAUAGAGAAUGAGUGCUGAUAGUUUCCAUAUCCUAACUCGUGUGUGCGUGUGUGUGUGUGUGUGUCUUAAAGGGCUGAACCGAUGGGAGGACAUAGAAAGGCUGAAUUUCUUCCCUAAGCUGGAGGAGGUGAGGCUGAUGGGGAUUCCAUUACUGCAGCCCUACACCAACAAAGAGAGACGCAGCCUCACUCUUGCACAGUGAGUACACACACACCUUUUACAUUUUAGUAAUUUAGCAGACACUCUUAUCCAAAGUGACAUAGUGCUUUAAUCUUAAAGUAGCUAGGUAAGACAACCACAUUGCACAGUCAUAGUAAGUCAAACCUUUCCUCAAUAAAAUAAAGCAGCUAUCUGCAAAGUCAGUGUUAGUAAGAAAGAACAAGUGUUAGUGUUAGUGCAAGAAAGGUGCAAGUACAACGGUAGGGUGUGAUUUAUUUAUUGGUUUUUUAAUCGGGUUGGUGGUGUGCUGUGGGAUUAUUGAAGAUACCUUUUGAAGAGGCACACACACAAUUGAAUACACACCUGUUUGAUUUGUGUGAUUUGUGUAAACAUGACACACGUCACACGCACUUCUUUGUCCUUUUUGCAGGUUGCCAUCUGUGUCUGUGUUGAAUGGGAGUGUGGUGACGGAAGGGGAGAGAGAAGACGCUGAGAGGUUCUUCAUCAGACACUACCUGGACAUUCCAGAAGAGAUGCUGCCUCAUAGGUACUGUUGACACACACACUAGUUUGUUGAGGUGGAGCUUUGUCAGAGGAACUGUAAAACAUGCGCAUACACACACACAUUUUUCUUCUGAUAAGAACAACUUAAUGUAAAACUUAUCUCUGGUUCAUAAUAGCAAGAGCCCUCCUCUGAGACACCUACUGUACAUUAACAACGGCCGGGAAUCACUUUGAGUACCUCUCAACUACCUCCUACCUCUCUCUGCUUAUGUUAACUCCCCCCAGUGUUCUAACACACCUGACAUCCUGUAACAUAUUGUCAUCUCAGGACUUCCCAUGAUGGGAAUUUAGGUGGGGUAGGUUUGGUUUGGUUUGGGCCCAUGCUGGAAAACUGAUUGGCCCACGCUUUUCGCCAGCCGCAUUCCACUUAACCCUCGUAGAAUGCAACGGAGGGAUUGGCGGGUGGAAAGUGUGGUCCCUGACUGGGGGAAAGUAACCUUUGCGAGACAAUGGCGCUAGUCUCUGCCCACUCAAUGACUUCUUUGUGCCUUGGAAUACUCAGAUCGGAAAACCGAUACACAAGGUGGCAGGUAGAUUUUUUUUAGACCUCCUCCUCCUUCGCUCGUUUACGCUCUCUUUUCUUUCUUAAGGGGGGAUUGAGAGGUUGACUCAUUUCCCUGUGUAACCGGAGCUGAUGUAGCCGAAAACAUGACUCCAAACCUACACAGCGCCCCCACAGUGUCUCAGAUUAAUCAGGGUACUGCAAUGGAAGUGUCUCAAAGCCUCCAACCAUUCUCUUUAGGUUUUCUUUUGCUCUUUGCUUUCUCUCUCUCCUUGCUUUUAAACUGCAUUUACUUGCUCUUGGGUCUAAGCCAGUUUCUUUGAGUGUGCGCAUGUGUGUUUGUGUGUGUGGGUACACGUGCACGUGUGUAAGAGUGUGUUGGAUGCGGUCAGUGAGCACUGGAAAGGACUUAGGCGGCCUUUCGGCGGAGGGGCUAUGAGAGAGGAGGGGCUAUGAGAGGGGUGGGUAAGGAUAGAAGGGAGAGGGAGAGGAUUGGGCUUGAGAUAAGGAGAGUGAAAGAAAAGAGCCGUUAAAUUCUAUAACCACUUAAAAGGAAGCGAUUCCCAAACCUUCCAUAACAAAGCGAUCACCUACAGAGAGAUGAACUUGGAGAAAAGUCCCCUAAGCAAGCUGGUCCUUGGGCUCUGUUCACAAACACAAACAGACCCCACAGAGCCCCAGGACAACAACACAUUUAGACCCAACCAAAUCAUGAGAAAACAAAAAGAGCAAACUAGAAUGCUAUUUGGCCCUAAACAGAGAGUACACAGUGGCAGAAUACCUGACCACUGUGACUGACCCAAACUUAAGGAAAGCUUUGACUAUGUACAGACUCAGUGAGCAUAGCCUUGCUACUGAGAAAGGCCACCGUAGGCAGACCUGGCUCUCAAGAGAAGACAGGCUAUGUGCACACUGCCCACAAAAUGAGGUGGAAACUGAGCUGCACUUCCUAACCUCCUGCCAAAUGUAUGACCAUAUUAGAGACACAUAUUUCCCUCAGAUUACACAGAUCCACAAAGAAUUCGAAAACAAACCCAAUUUUGAUAAACUCCCAUAUCUACUGGGUGAAAUACCACAGUGUGCCAUCACAGCAGCAAGAUGUGUGACCUGUUGCCACAAGAAAAGGGCAACCAUUGAAGAACAAACACCAUUGUAAAUACAACCCAUAUUUAUGUUUAUUUAUUUUCCCAUUUGUACUUUAACUAUUUGCACAUUGUUACAACACUGUAUAUAUACAUAAUAUGACAUUUGAAAUGUAUUUAUUCUUUUGGAACUUCUGAUGAUUACUGUUCAUUUUAUUGUUUAUUUCACUUUUGUUUACUAUCUACUUCACUUGCUUUGGCAAUGUUAACAUAUGUUUCCCAUGCCAAUAAAAUUAUAUAGACAGGUGUGUGCCUUUCCAAAUAAUUUCCAAUCAAUUGAAUUUACCACAGUUGUAGAAACAUGGCAGGGAUUGUCAAUGGAAACAGGAUGCACCUGAGCUCAAUUUCAAGCAAAGGGUCUGAAUACUUAUGUAAAUAAGGUAUUUCUGUUAUAUAUUUAUUUUUAGCAAAGAUUUCUAAAAACCUGUUUUCGCUUUGUCAUUAUGGGGUAUUGUGUGUGGAUUGGUGAGGAUUUUUAUUUAUUUAAUCAAUUUUAGAAUAAGGCUGUAACGUAACAAAAUGUGGAAAAAGUGAAGGGGUCAGAAUUCUUUCUGAAUGCGGGGGAUUGAUUAUUUUAUUAUUAUUUUUAUUUUAGUCAUUUAGCAGACGCUCUUAUCCAGAGCGACUUACAUUGAUCCGGUGACCUACAAAGGCUGUAAUAAACUGUCAUAGCACCAAUUAAAAAAGUAAGCAUUGGCCGUUUAUUACAUCACUUUUUUCACAUGCUGGGGUCGCAAAUUUCUUUUUAAAUAAAAAUUGGGUCACGGGCCAAAAAAGUUUGGAAUCCCUGCCAUAAUGUGUGUACAAGAGAGCAUGCCAAAUGACCAAUCACCACCGUUCUCUCUACCAAAUGACAAAUCCCAACCUCCCGUCCAUUCUGUCUCGUCUCCACAGGUACCAUGUCCUGGUGUCCAAGUACGGACGGCUUGCCCCACUGGCCGAGGUGGACUUGCGUCCACGCUGCAUGGCCAUGCUGGAUGUGCGCUGGGGUGAGCGGAAGGAGACUCUAAGCUUGCGGUUGGAGCAGACGGUCGGAGAGCUCAAGAAGGAGCUCAGGGCCCUGGUGGGGCUGCCAGCCAAUGGCAUGCGGCUGUACUACAUCGCCCGUGAGCUAGGCUCUGCGCUGGGACCUGAGGAGAUGAAGUACGGCAGUCGGGCACUCCACUCGUACAUGAUCCAAGACGGGGACGAGAUCCUGGUGGUGCCCAAGACUAAGAGCCGCACCAUCUCGUCCACCUCCUUGGACUCCUAAGAAGAGGGGUAGUGUGUGUGUGGAGGACUCUUCUGGACAGCCAACUUUCAAUGCUGUCUUUUUUUUUUUUUUUUACCAAAUGACAUUGAUUGUAAAGAUGUUUAUUGGCAAAGCCCCUUACUGUAUAUAAAUACAUACACACACACACACACACACACACACACACAUAUUACUUACACAUGUAUGCUACACGCAUACUAUCACACUGAGGGUUCUAUUUUUGGCUUGGUGCAAAGCACCGUUAUUGUGAAACGCAAGUGGCACGUGACACCACUGAGAUUUUCCAUUGAAUUUGGUUUGUCAAAAUAAAGCCCAGAAUAGUAUUUUAUCAGAAAUAUUAGUUUUUAAUUAAUGUUAGU